GUGAAUGUUCUAUUACGUAGCAACAAGAUUCAGCACGAAUAGGUACUGGAAUAAAAAGGAUUCAUACGGUUACAUUUAACCUGUACCAUUUUAACUGUAGAAGAAUUGCUAUUAGAACCCUGAGGGUGGUGAGCGCAGCACAACGACCGCCACGAGGUGACGAACGCUUGGAGAAUUUCCGCUAUUUUUAUUGCAAGACAACAAGCGGUUCUGGCGUGGCACCCACGGCUGAUGCGCAGCUGCUGCGGAGCGGGACAGCUGCUGGGCCAAGGGUUCGAAUCCCCCUCCUCCCUCAUGGUGCGGAGGAGCCGAGGGCGUAGGAAGCGCUGUAGCCGCUAAAUGACGUUACAGAGAAAAGCCGUUUGUAGCGUGGAAGUUUCAAGCCGUGUGCGCCGGGCAGCUGCUGAAUGAAUGCCGCUGGCUUUGUCACGAUUAUGAAAUUGCUGUUAGGUAUUUUCUCAAGGAGGUCUGGGGCGGAAGCAAGUCUCCACAGGAAUUCUUCGUCAGUCACCUAUGAAGCUCCUGGUUUUAAAGCUGUGCUUCUGCAAUGAAGAAAAGGAGACGGCUCGCAGCAAAUGUAAACGAAAAGGUUCACCUUGGCCAUGAGAAAGUUGCUUCGGAUCAGAUUCUUGUAGUGGACUGUGCCCAGGAAAUUGUCUCCAAGUCUGCAGAAAUAGCUCCCGCAGAUCAACUUGAAUCUGCCCCAGAGCUUUCACCCUCGUCGGAACAAAGGAAGCUCCUCAGCUCCUUACAGUACAACAAAAACCUGCUCAAGUACCUAAAUGACGAUAGGCAGAAGCGUCCCUCAUUUUGUGAUUUACUCAUAAUCGUAGAAGGAAAAGAAUUUAGUGCUCACAAAGUCGUCGUGGCUGUUGGGAGUAGUUAUUUUCACGCCUGCUUAAGCAAAAAUCCAAGCACUGAUGUCGUCACGUUAGAUCACGUAACUCAUUCCGUCUUUCAGCAUUUGUUGGAGUUUCUGUACACCUCCGAGUUCUUUGUAUAUAAAAAUGAAAUUCCGCUGGUGCUGGAAGCGGCAAAGUUUUUAGAUAUUAUAGAUGCAGUGAAGUUACUGAACAACGAAAGUGUUUCUAGCAUACAGUCCGAUGUGGUGACUGACACGCCUACGCCAGUAGAAACACUAACGGAGCUGACUGGUAAACUGUUGAAUAGUCAUCAGUGCACUUUCUGUGGCCGAAGUUUCUGUUACAAGAAGUCUUUAGAAAAUCAUUUGGCUAAAGCCCACAGAUCCCUUUCACUGGAGAGAAAACAUGGGCUAAAAAUGGUUGAGAAAGCAGGCUUUUCCACUCGACGGUCCACGAGAAACCGUAAGUGUCCGGUUAAAUUUGAUGAUAGCGAUAGCGAAAGUGAUGAUGCGUCUGACAGCAACUUGGAGAAAGUCAGCUCUGACAAGGAAACAUCCGAUAGAAGUGAGUUUGAAGACAGCGGAAGUGAAUGCAAUGCUGAUGAAGAAGGACAGGAGGAAGAAAUGUCGGGUGAGGAUUCAGACACCGAAGAGCCAAGUGAAAAAGAGCAAGAUACUGAGGAGGGUUCCGAGGUGGCUGAUUCGGUGGGAAGUAUUCCUGAAGGAUUAGCUCCAGUCAUCAUUCAAAGCAGUAACAAAAAACUGCUGCAGUGUCCCAAGUGUGACAAAAAGUUUGACCGAAUAGGCAAAUAUGAGAGCCAUACACGUGUACACACGGGUGAGAAGCCUUUUGAGUGUGAUAUAUGUCAUCAGCGCUAUUCAACAAAAUCCAACCUUACAGUGCACAGAAAGAAGCACUCGAGUGAUACAGACUUUCAUAAAAAGGAACACAAAUGUCCCUACUGCAAUAAGCUGCAUGCGAGCAAGAAGACGUUAGCAAAACACGUGAAGAGGUUUCAUCCAGAGAAUGUGCAAGAAUUUCUUUCUAUUAAAAAGACCAAGAGUGAAGGUUGGAAAUGCGAUAUUUGCAAGAAGUCCUUCACUCGCAGACCUCAUUUAGAAGAGCAUAUGAUCCUUCACUCUCAGGAUAAACCAUUCAAGUGUACCUACUGUGAAGAGCACUUUAAAUCCAGAUUUGCAAGACUGAAACAUCAAGAAAAAUUCCAUCUCGGGCCUUUUCCCUGUGACAUUUGUGGGCGACAGUUUAAUGAUACAGGAAAUCUGAAACGCCACAUAGAAUGUACUCAUGGAGGAAAGAGAAAAUGGACUUGUUUCAUCUGUGGGAAAUCUGUUAGGGAACGAACGACUUUGAAAGAGCAUCUGAGAAUUCACAGUGGAGAGAAGCCUCAUCUUUGCAGUAUUUGUGGGCAGAGUUUUCGUCACGGAAGCUCUUACAGGCUUCAUCUAAGAGUGCACCAUGAUGACAAGAGAUACGAAUGUGAAGAAUGUGGGAAAACAUUUAUCCGGCAUGACCAUCUGACAAAACACAAGAAAAUACACUCAGGUGAAAAAGCACAUCAGUGUGAAGAAUGUGGAAAAUGUUUCGGCCGUAGAGAUCACCUUACUGUUCAUUAUAAAAGUGUUCAUCUAGGAGAAAAGGUUUGGCAGAAGUAUAAAGCAACGUUUCACCAAUGUGAAGUCUGUAAGAAGGUUUUUAAAGGAAAAUCAAGUUUGGAAAUGCAUUUUAGGACACAUUCAGGUGAGAAACCAUACAAAUGUCAAAUCUGUAAUCAGUCUUUUAGAAUUAAGAAGACAUUAACAAAGCACAUGGUGAUUCAUUCAGAUGCUCGUCCGUUUAAUUGCCAACACUGCAAUGCAACGUUUAAACGAAAAGACAAGCUGAAAUACCAUAUUGAUCACGUUCACGGAACAAAGGCUGCAGAGGAGGCACUGACAUCUUCUUCGGAGGAAAAACUAGUGUCCUUACCAGUACCAUACACUUCCGAUGACAAAGUUUAUCAAACUGAGGCUAAGCAGUACGUGGAACAGUCCAAAGCAUAUCAGUCGGAAGCCAAGACUUUGUUACAGAAUGUAUCUACAGAAGUGUGUGUGCCGGUGACUCUGGUACCGGUUCAGAUGCCUGAUCCUCAAGCUGAUCUAGUACAGCAUACUACUCAGUCACAUGGUAUUCUUCCUCCACAGCAUGAGCAGGCGGAUUAUCAACGUGCGACAGAUCUGUCGUUUCUAGAGAAAUAUACUCUUACUCCACAGCCUGCGAAUAUUGUUCAUCCUGUAAGACCUGAGCAAAUGUUGGAUCCUAGAGACCAGUCAUAUCUUGGAACUUUACUGGGGCUGGAUACGGCUCCUACUGUACAGAACAUUUCAAACAAUGAACAUUCGUGAUCAGAGCAUAACAUUCCACCUAAUGUACAAAGCCAUUAGCCAACAGGAGGCUGAUAUGGCAAUUGAGAUUUAUAUUUUAUAUUUUAUUUGGACUCGUGAGUCUUCUGCAUAGUUUUUGGAAAAACAGGUUUGUUUACAUGAUAUUUGAACAUUUAGGCACACUGAUGUACACAGAGUGUUUCUUGUGAUUUUAAGAGUUUAUAAAAUAUUAUAGAUGGUCUUUUAAAAGAUUAUGCUCUGAAAUAUCUUUUAAGGGUAGUUGCCGAGAUAAUGUAAUUAUGUAUCUGCCUAUUAAUUUAAUAUUUUUUUUUUGCCUUUCAGCAUCUCACUGAGUUACAGUUAUAAGUGUAAUAGAAAGCAUACUGGAAGAAAAAGGACUGUAUCGAAUUCAUUAGGAAUGGUAAGCAUAGGCAGUAAUACAAAACACAAACUUCAAAUUAUGUUUCACGUGUAAAUUAAAAUAGAAUCCUCAGGCAUCUUUGGAGAGGUUUUAGAUUUCUAAAGACUCUGGAGCCAGGGUGAUGGAGGGAGCUAGAUGAUACUCAAAAGGGAUUUAGAUAUUUCAUGAACGUAAAACAGGGAACUGUAAAGAACACCAGAAGUAUAAUUAGGCUACCUGCAUUUGAUCUGUUACUUUUUCCUUGAUCUUAAUAUUGACAUAAGUGUGGAGCUUUAGACAGUUCUGUUGUCUAAUUUUUCAGUCAUGCUUGUUUUCUAAAGUGUGCCCCACACUCUUAAAUUUGAAAUCAAUGUCAUGUAGCCUAUAGAGCGUCAUAAAGAACUGGUGUGAUUUAACCUUGUUAGAGCAUCAGUUGUACCAGGACCCCCCUUAGCAUGUUCAUUUUUCAGUUACCUGUGAUGAAGAAAUUUGAAGGCAGGUAUUUGCAGGACAGCACUCAACUGUUUUUGUUAGAAAAGAAAUGAUCGCUGUCUUGUGCUGUUUAUAAAGCAGAGUCAAGCUCUAGAGAGUAUUCCAUGUCUUCGGUUAUUUUUAGCUUUUUCUUUAGUGGAAGUAAGGUUAAAAAAAAAAAAACACAACUAUUUUGGACUAUAAAGUCUAGCGUGAUUUACCAUGAAAUCUAGUAUAAUUUAAGGACUUUAAGCUUUCUAUUUGAAGCCUAAUUUAAGUUUUUCUUCUUUGUUUGUACUGUGAAAAUUAUGCCAAAGAAGAUAUCCGAUAUCAUUUUAUAACCUUUGUUAUUGCUCACAAGAAUCACAGCCUAAGGCAAAAUUUUCCCCAGUCUCCCCAGUAAUCUGCUAUUAUUAAAUUAUUAUAUUAAAGUAUCUGUAAGGUGGGAAGCUGGAUCUAUAUGUAUUAUUGUAACAGUUGGAUUUUUCCAGUGACCUGAACACAACCAAUCUGUGUUGAGAAGCUCUUUUAUCAUCCCUGUUCUGUAAACUGUAAACACUGAACCUUUCAAAUCCCAUUUAAAUACUUUGGUGUGAGAUCUUGGUUUUUUUUUUUAGUUCCCACUGACUUCAGUGUUGAGCAGUUUGCAGGAGAGGGGCCAGAGCUGCCUGAAUGUUCAUACUUUGAAGCUUGUGCCCUAUUGGAUUCUUAACACACCAAAGAUUUCUGUUAGCUGUUAAGUAGUGGCAGAGUUGUAGUAUUUUAAGUGUUACUGAUAUUUAAAUAGGACUUAGCCAAAGAAGCACAAUAAAAGUCCUAAAUUUUAAAGAGUUCAGUUUUUGAAACAGGACUACAUAUGUUUAACUGUUCUAUGUUUGUAUCUCUAAAGUAAAAUUUAGAGCUGAGCUCUGGGAAUGUUCAGACUGACAUGCUGUAAAUAUAUCUGGUAAGAAGCUGAAUACAAGCAAAUAUACAGCAAUAAUGAGGCCUUUGAAUGCCGCCUUCUGAAAGGACACUAUCAAGUACUAACCUUCCUGCUUUCUAACUCCACCUUUAUCUUCUUUUAUAAACAAACCAUUUGUCGUCUUCACACUCCAUGACUUGGAAACUGCUGUUUUAUCUGUAGUUUUCAAGUUUAUAUGUACAUGUCAUGUUACCAUGUGAUGUGAAUCGUGAGUUCCAUCAUUUGUAACUGUACGAUUAAAAGUAAGCUGACAUCA